AUUUAUAAGUAUUUCUCUAGAUUGUGUAAUUAUCUUCGGUGUUCAUAUCGCAGCAUCCAUCAUCUCUGGGUCCAAAAGGAGAGUUCUCAGUCGCCCAUUUUCUUCUGCAGAAGAACCCAGAAAAAGAGAGAGAGAGAGAGAGAAAGAGAGGGAAAGAUAAAGAGAGAGAGGGAGGUUUUUUGCUUUUGUGGAGCGAAGAGAGAAGAAGAUGCAGACGAUAGAGACGUCGCAACCGGCGGCGGCUCCGCCGCAUAGCCGACAGUUGGGGGCGCAGUUAUCGGGAAGUCUGAGUUUCAGCAGCCAAAUGUCGAAGGAAGACGAGGAAAUGUCGAAGUCUGCGUUGUCGGCCUUCAGAGCGAAAGAAGAAGAGAUCGAGAAGAAGAAGAUGGAGAUUAGGGAAAGGGUUCAGGCUCAGCUCGGCCGCGUCGAGGAAGAAACCAAGCGUCUGGCUAUGAUCCGCGAGGAACUUGAAGCUUUGGCUGAUCCCAUGAGAAAGGAAGUUGCUUUGGUCCGGAAGAAGAUUGAUUCCGUGAACAAAGAGUUAAAGCCGUUGGGAAAUACGGUUCAGAAGAAGGAAAGAGAGUACAAGGAGGCUCUUGAAGUGUUCAACGAAAAGAACAGGGAGAAGGUUCAGCUAAUCACCAAACUAAUGGAGCUAGUGGGAGAAAGCGAGAGACACAGGUUGAAGAAGCUGGACGAGCUAAGCAAGAGCAUAGAAUCUAUACACUGACUUGACAAAACCCUAAAACGUACGGCCAAGAUCCUCCAUGCUUAACUUUGAAUAGGUUUUGUGGGUGAUGUAUUUAGAAUGUGACCUUAUUAUAUAUAUAUAUGGAGUCGAGUGUUAUUUUUAAUUUCAGGUUUGGUGUAUUAAGUUGUUUACGCUAUCUUUUGUUAGGUUUUUGUGGAGAAUUAUAAUGUUUUAGGAAUUAAGACAAAAAAAAAAAAGACAGGUUUGUAACUAAAA